CAGCAAGAAGAGGAAGUAGCUGAUUUGAGAUGCAGAGUUGAGCUUGUGUGUUAGAAUCGGCACCAGACUGAAUGUAGGGAGAAAGUCACAAUGACAAGCUGCUGUAAGGUCUAAGCUGCAGCAGCCAUAUCCAUGCAGAAGACUUUAAACUGCUGCCAUUGUCCAGCGAGCUACCCUUAUAGCCAGGGAGCUAACACCAGACGCAGUGUUGCCUCUCUCCCCACACGUACAAAAAGAACCCUGUGUCCUCUCACAAACAAUGGCCAACUCAUUUUGUCUCAGCCAGUGUGAUGUCAUCGGCUUUGACCUGGACCACACUCUGUGCCGUUACCAGCUACAUGAAUCCAAUAAGCUAAUUUAUGAGAGUUUUGCUCAGUACUUGGUGACAGAAAAAGGUUACAGCGAAGAACUGCUGUGUGUUUCACCCGAAGAAUGGGAUUUCUGUUCAAAAGGGUUGGUGCUGGAUUUGGAAGAAGGGAACUUUCUGAAGCUUGAUGCAAAUGGCAUUGUACUCAGGGCAACCCAUGGCACAAAGUCAAUGACUGGAGAAGAAAUUGAGGAGGUCUAUGGAGAGAAGAGAGAGUGGAAGAAUUUUAACACAAUUAAUGGAACUUACACGCGUUCAGCUAAAUAUUACUUUUAUGACAACCAUUUUGAUCUGCCUAGCGCACUGCUAUGUGCAAAAAUUGUGGAUUGUAUUGAAAUGACUGAGGGGCAGAAGAAGUAUGAUUUUUGGAAAGACAUUGUUGCUGCUAUAGAACACAACUAUAAGACUACAGCUUUUAAAGAAAAUUGUGGGACGUUUUUUCCGGCUGUGAAAAAAGAUCCAAGCAAAUAUUUAAAGCCUUGUUCGGAUGCAGUGAAACACUGGUUAAGGGACCUCAAGAACUCUGGGAAAACUCUACUAUUAAUCACUAGUUCACACAGUGACUACUGCCUCCUGCUGUGUGAACAUAUUUUAGGGAAGAAUUUUGAAGAGCUGUUUGAUAUCAUAAUAACCAAUGCCCUAAAACCUGGUUUCUUCUCUCUUAUUCCACAACAAAGACCCUUUUGGGCUCUUGAAAAUGAUGAAGAAAUCCAUAUGUUGCCAUCACUGGAGAAACCUGGCUGGUACUCACAGGGCAACUGGAUUCAUCUCUCUGAACUUUUAAAGAAAAUUACUGAAAAGAGUGAACCCAAGGUUGUAUAUUUUGGAGACAGCAUGCGUUCAGAUAUUUUCUCAGCCCAUCACUAUAGCAACUGGGAGACAGUCCUCAUUUUUGAGGAGUUAGAAGGAGAAGAAGUUUAUAAACCAAACAUGACCGACUGGAGAUCCUCCUUAAAAAAGAAAGGAAAAUAUGAUUUGUGUGUUGUUUUUUUUUUAAAUCUGGAAACACAGAAUCAGUACACAAUAUCAAAAACAUGGGGAUCAUAUUUUGCGGACAACAUGUCGGGCAUACAUGGCCUGCAGGAUGUAUCUUCUCUCACCUGGUGCUGCACAAGCAUCAGAAACUACAGUACCAUUGCAAUCCCAAGUAUAGCAUCAAUAGUAGAUCUGCCUCUUGAUUACAAGUUCAGCCGUUUCUCCGCUGACAACUUAGAGACUGAAGGCUACUAUCCCUACCUGCCACAAGCCCUGAUACAAGAAAAAUGAAGGGACCAGGCUCGGUUUUGUGGAAAGGCCACCUAGGCCCGGGCCUAGGGAGGCAGGAUUGCUUCCCAACCACACCCACAUUGGUUCAAAAAUACUGGGGAUGCACUGGAGAUAC